AUGUCUCCAAAGUGCCCAGACAGACUGCUACCAAAAACCCAAAGGAAGAAUCAGGAUCAAAAUGUCGACUAUGGGAAGAAGCUCAAUCUUAAUCAGAUUGGAGCCACUGUCCCAGCUAACGUUCCAGCUAUAGUUCCUGGAGCUUCAGCAUCCACAAGUGGAGCAUCAAGUGUUGCGGGAAGCGUUAACACACCAUUGCGACUUGCUGGUACUACAGGUAAUAAGAUGAUGCAAGUUCCUUUGGGAAUGCAGCUCAUGCGGACUCCAACUCAAGGUGGCAGCACCGUUACUGUCACUUAUUCUAUGAAUGCUAACGUUGAGAUUGCGUUCAGUGGAAUGCAACUCAGCCAACAAGGCUUCAGUGGUGCUCAAGUGCGCCAAGGAUUUGAUGCAACUCAAGCUUGA